CACGACUUUUCACAAACGUGAGGUAGACGUGCGCCUAGCACUGAGUGUGCAGCUGAUACGUAAACAAAACAGUACUGGAAAGUGAAUCUGUGGACGUGAAAAUGAGUGGCCAAGGCAAUGAUGGUUUCGACAUAUCUCCGGAGGAUCCCCAAUCGAAAGCGGGAUUCAAAUCACCGCCGACCUUAAUCGUGUCCAGCCCUGAAAAGGUUCCAGUAGAUGACGACAACAAUGAGAAAGGCGACUUGGAAGCCGACGAGCCGGAGCGCGCGGUAUGGGGCAACCAGAUCGAGUUCCUCAUGUCCUGCAUCGCUACCUCGGUGGGUCUCGGCAACGUGUGGCGGUUCCCCUUCAUCGCCUACCUCAACGGCGGUGGAGCUUUCCUGAUCCCAUACAUCAUCGUGCUGAUCCUCAUAGGCAAACCUAUGUACUACCUUGAGUGUGCCUUGGGACAGUUCAGUUCUAAGAAUUCUAUUAGAGUAUGGUCGCUAUCUCCUGCUAUGAAAGGAACUGGUUACGCUACUGCCUUGGGUUGCAGCUACAUCCUGUCUUACUACGUGUCGAUCGUGGCCUUGUGUUUGUACUACCUGGCGAUGAGCUUCCAGUCUACCCUGCCUUGGAGUGUGUGCCAACCGGAGUGGGUGGACUGCUUGCCAUCCGACCCAAGCAUAGAUGCGGGCCCUAUUAGUGAAAACGCCAGCAGCAGCGCCGAGUUAUAUUUCCUCAAAACUGUACUCCAGCAGAAAGAUGGCCUUGAAGGUGGACUUGGUUUGCCCAUCUGGUACUUGGUGUUGUGCCUAUUCGCGUCCUGGCUGGUCAUCUUCUUGAUCGUAGCGCAGGGAGUCAAGAGUUCCGGCAAAGCGGCUUACUUCUUAGCCCUCUUCCCCUACGUCGUGAUGAUCAUUCUGCUUAUUGUUACCCUUACCCUGGAUGGUUCUGGCGACGGUAUCCUGUUUUUCCUGACUCCACAGUGGGACAAACUUAUUGAACUCGACGUGUGGUAUGCUGCUGUAACUCAAGUGUUCUUCUCCCUGUCUGUGAGCACCGGCGCUAUCAUUAUGUUCUCCUCAUACAACGGCUUCAGGCAAAACGUCUACAGAGACUCAAUGAUCGUGACCACUUUGGACACUUUCACGAGUUUACUGUCAGGUAUCACGAUCUUCGGAAUCCUUGGUAACUUGGCGUUUGAACUGAACAAGGAUGUCAGCGAUGUCAUUGGAAAAGCUGGAACUGGUCUCGCUUUCGUUUCCUACCCUGAUGCUAUCUCGAAAACGUUUUUACCCCAGCUAUUCGCAGUUUUGUUCUUCUUGAUGAUGACUGUCCUGGGUAUCGGCUCGGCCGUCGCUCUGCUCUCUACCGUCAACACCGUCCUGAUUGACAAGUUCCCUCGAAUCCGCGUUGUCUUCAUGUCAGCCUUCUCGUGCACUGUCGGCUUCGCAGUUGGUCUGAUCUAUGUUACUCCGGGUGGUCAAUACGUGUUGGAGUUGGUCGACUACUUUGGUGGCACUUUCCUCAUUCUGUUCUGCGCCAUCGUUGAAGUCAUAACUGUCUUCUGGAUCUACGGUCUGGAGAACGUGUGCGUGGACAUCGAAUACAUGUUGGGCAUGAAGACCGGCCCAUACUGGAGGUUCUGCUGGGGUCUCAUUACUCCUCUAAUGAUGAUUGUCGUCUUCAUGUACGCUCUCGUGUCUUCCGAACAGCUCAAAUUCGGCGAUUACGUUUACCCAACUGCCGGAUACGUGUCCGGGUACCUAAUGCUUGUCAUUGGUAUGAUCUUCGUGCCAGUUGCUAUAAGCAUCACCAUGUACAAGAGAUGGAAUGGAAACUUCAUGGAGAGUGUCAAGUUGUCUUUCCGGUCCAAGUCAACGUGGGGACCCCGCGAUGCCAAGGAACGCAGAGGAUGGGAAGAGUUCAAACGCCAAGCCAAGGAAGAGAGGGCGCCACUCAAGACCUCAUGGCCCAAACACAUCUGGAUGUCACUGUACGGCGGUUACAGAAGAAAAUUAUAAACAAAUACAUCUAGUUAUUAGACUUAGUAAUAAUUCCAGCAAGCUUUAUACGCAAUAUAGUAAAUAAAUUAGAACAAAGAUUACUUCGAUCACCAAUUUACAGCUUUGAGAUACCAAAUAUAAGGUGAUGUAAAAAAUGAUAUUAAGGAAAAGUAUUUAUUUGUAAUUUAUGUAAAGUGUUUAUUUAUGGACUUUCGAGUAGAUAGCUUAAAACUACUUUAAUUCAUACUCUUAGAUACCAUUGUACAGUAUAUUUAUUUAUAACUUAAAUUUAAAAUAACCCUUCUCCUAGGAAAAACUCAACUCUGUCUUCAAAUUUCACGUCUUCACGUUAAUUUAUUAAAUAAUUAGUAAUAAUGUACUUUAUGUGGCUGUGAAUACGUUUCAUAAUUACCUUGUUGGCUUACGUCGCCUUUGGACAUUUUACUUCUUAAAUCACUUCAUAGUAACUUAUUUUUUGCAAAUGAGUGAUUAUUAUAUUAGAUGCAAUAUUGCAAUUGUUUCUUAAAUCAGUUUAUUGAGGAUCAAAAGAUGUAAAUUAUAGUUGGCUGGCUCUUUAUUAUGUAAAAUGAUGAUGAAACUUUGAUCAUCAUAACUGUGAGGCAAAUUCAAAAUGGUUUAUUCUCGCUACCUGCCGAGGCGUCUGCUCUUUAUUAAGGACCCUUAAUUUAUAUAAUACCCUAUUAAUUUAACCUUUCUUAAUCAAUUUAAAACACAUUUGUACGAAAAUAGGUCGUUCUAUUUGUAUAAUUCUAUGUAUCUUCCUGAAGGACUGCCAGCAUUAAACAAAAUCAUACUCAUAUCACUCUUACUGUAUCAAAAACUGACAUUCCUUAAACAGGUGUAAUUAUGUAGUUUUUAAGUUACGUUUAAGUUUAAUAUACAAGUGAAUUAUAUUCACGACAUGUUAAGGUUUAAUAAACCAUUUUAUACUCUGAAC